AUAAAAAGUCAAGGCGACUCGUCGAUUACCAAAAACCCUAGAAACCAUACUGCUACACACACUCAUCGCACACUGUGGUUUUGGCAGCGCGACUCAUCUCCCUCCUCCCGUCGAUCUGCGAGAGGGGCUUCCCAGCCCACUCUCUUUUUCUCUCUCAUGCAAUUCAGGUGAUUUGUCUUUUCAAUUUGGAGCAUUGCCUUCUUGAAGGACACCGCACCUUUGUCUCAGAAGUUAGAAUUUUCACCUUUUAUUCCAUCAGCAUGAUUACCACUGAAAUUAUAGCACCUAGUGCUAAAUUGAAGAUCAAGUUCUCAACCAAAAGGAUGGACGUUGAUUUUGGGGCUAAACGUGAGUUUGGACGGGAAGUGUCUCACACUGAUGAAAGAAGGCGUUUUAAUUCGAAUGGAAAAUCCUCUGGGCUGAAUUCCCAGAAGAGGGGACAACCAGAUAGUAGUGAGGGCCAAAAGGUGAAAAGACAGAGGGUUGAUCGAAAAGGGUCAGUUCAGUGUUCUACAAUACUGAAGAGUUUAAUGACUCAUCCAUAUGGUUGGGUGUUUAGCAAGCCAGUAGACCCUGUGGCUUUGAAUAUUCCAGAUUAUUUUAACAUCAUAAAAAGUCCAAUGGAUUUUGGAACAAUUAAAGCUAAGUUGGAGACGAACGACUAUUCGGGCACUGAGGAGUUUGCAGAUGAUGUCAGGCUGACUUUCUCAAAUGCAAUGACAUACAAUCCUCCCGGUAAUGAUGUUCAUUUGAUGGCAAAGGAUCUACGUAGAAUAUUUGACCGAAAAUGGAAAGAACUGGUUAGGAAAUUGAAGUGUGAAGAUGAACGCAGUAGAAGCGAGAUUGAAACAGUGAAGGAAACUAGUGGAAGAAAUCUUGACACAAUGCAUUCCCGAAAUAAGGAUUCCUGGCCUAAAAAGACACAUGUAUCUGAAAAGAAAGGAAUUCACAAGAGUAUAUCACCGACUUCCAAAGAUGCUAGUGUGGAGGCACCUAAAUUAUCACAUAUUCCUUGCAAGUUUAUGGAGAAAGACUUGCACAAAGGCAGAAAAGGUAACCGUGAUAGAGAACAGUCUGCUGGCUCGCUAAAGGCAUGUUCUACUGCGCGCCCUGUCACAUGCAAGUGUAACACUUGUGGUGAUACCAACUGUCAUUGUGUAAUUCAAAGCAACUCAACACAAGUGUCAUCAGAUAUAUCAUCUGAAGGAUCAGAAGGAAGGGACCUAACUGCGUCUGGUGCUGAUACGUUGAGACAGGAUUGCCUGACUAAGGGUUCCUCACCCAUGGAGAAGAAAUCGGAUUCUGAUGGGGCUGUUAGUUCCUUGGACAGUGAACAUAUUUGCCCUAGUUCUAAGCAUGUAACUUUUACCACUGAUGCCUCUUCUGGGGAAGUUUGGAGCACGUCUAUCUUGCCUGUCCAGCUGUCUCCUAAAAAGGCUCUUCGUGCAGCUAUGCUUAAAAGCCGCUUUGCAGAUACCAUUUUGAAAGCUCAGCAAAAGACCCUUCUUGAGCAUGGUGAUAAAGGUAAUCCUAAAAAGAUGCAGCUGGAAAAGGAGAGAUUGGAAAGGAUUCAGCGUGAAGAAAGAGCUAGAAUCGAAGCUCAAAUUAAAACUGCUGAGGCUGCUGCAAGAACGAGGGCUGAGGAAGAGUCAAGGCGGCGAAGAGAAAAGGAAAGAGAAGCUGCACGAGUUGCAAUAGAGAAGAUGAGAAGAACUGUUGAUAUAGAACAUAAUAUGGAGAUUAUAAGAGAACUGGAAAGUUUGAGUGGAUGCACGCUAUCUUAUAAGGCGAUGGGCGGCAGAAAUGGCUACAAAGUUGCAUUGGACACAUGGGAUAAACCUCAGUUUGAGAAUCCAUUGGAGCGGCUUGGUUUAUUUAUGAAGGAAGAGUAUAUCGUAGAAGAUGAGGAGUUUCUGAACGGAGCCAGAGAAGAAGGGGAAAUUUUUAACUGAUGCAGUUUAAUACUUUCUACCAACUCUAAGUGUUUAUAUUAGACAGGGAAUAGACCAUUAUUGUAAAUGCACUUACUGUGUCAAAUCAAGCCUUUUUGAGUAUAACUGCCUUAUUACCCCUCCUAUCUAGGUGAACUGCACGCUAGCAAUUUUGUUCACAAUC